AUGGAUACACACACAAGGUGGAAAAGAAGAAGUUGGAUAAGGACCAAAACUAUAGCAAUAUUUCUCCUCUAUGCAAUUUCUCAAAGCAAAGCAGCUGAACCUGCAGAUCUCUUGAAGGUAUUAGAUUUUCAUAAUUUACCUGACGGUAUCACUAAAACAACAGGUUUUUGCACAAGCAGAAGAUCUUCAAAAGGCGCAGAUGUUGCUUUUCGAGUAACAAAAGAUGCUCAGCUUAGUGCACCAACAAAGCAGUUAUAUCCUGCUUCAGCCUUUCCUGAGGACUUCUCCAUUCUGUCCACUGUAAAAGCCAAGAAAGGAGGUCAGUCCUUCUUGAUCUCGAUUUACAAUGAGCAAGGGAUCCAGCAGAUCGGCAUGGAGAUGGGUAGAUCUCCUGUAUUCCUGUACGAAGACCAUACCGGGAAGCCAGGCCCAGAAGACUAUCCUCUUUUUCGAGGCAUUAACCUAUCAGAUGGCAAGUGGCACAGAAUAGCCAUCAGUGUACAGAAGAAAAACGUCACUUUGAUUUUGGACUGUAAAAAGAAGGUAACUAAGUUCUUGGACAGAAGCGACCACCCCGUCAUUGAUGUCAACGGCAUCAUUGUGUUUGGAACCAGGAUACUGGAUGAGGAAGUCUUUGAGGGGGACAUCCAGCAGCUCCUGGUCGUGGCAGACCCCAGGGCAGCCUAUGAUUAUUGUGAACACUACAGCCCUGACUGUGACACAGCCAUUCCUGACACCCCCCAGUCUCAGGACCCGAACCAAGAUGAAUACUACACUGAGGGGGAUGGAGAAAGUGACACCUAUUAUUAUGAAUAUCCCUACUACGAGGACACCGAUGACACAGGAAAGGCAGAAGCACCCACUGCCAAGCCUGUUGAUGCUGAAGAAGCUGCUAGAGAGGUGACCGAAAUUAAAGAGGAGCUCACCUCUCCAACCACACAAGCACCUACAGUGGUGGAAAACAGGGAGGAGACAAAAGAGGAUGAGAAGGUUGAUGACCCCAUCGUGGAUGAAUAUAAUUAUGAAACCAUUAACGAGGAGUACUACACUCCCCUCCCUUACGAGGACCUCAACUAUGAGGAUAUUAUAGACACUCAGGAUACCCUUACUGAAGAUGCUGUCGAAGCAGAAGUCCCCGCCAGCACAGUCAUCACCCCCAACGCAACCAAUGCUGAGGUGGAAACGGGUCAAGGGGGAGACGACCAAGAUAAAGACUUUACUGAAGAAACAAUAAAAGAGUAUGAUGGGAAUUACUAUGAUACCUACUAUGACCGAACUGCCUCUCCUGAUAUUGGGCCAGGAAUGCCUGCUAACCAAGAAACAGAGUAUGAAGGGAUUGGUGGCCCACGAGGUGAGAAAGGACAGAAGGGAGAGCCUGCAAUAAUUGAACCGGGCAUGCUCAUCGAAGGGCCAUCCGGUCCCGAAGGCCCAGCUGGUCUUCCAGGACCUCCGGGAACUUCUGGGCCCGUGGGUCCACUGGGUGACCCCGGCGAGAGAGGACCUCCUGGCCGGCCAGGUCUUCCAGGAGCAGAUGGGUUACCAGGACCACCAGGGACAAUGCUCAUGCUGCCCUUCCGCUUUACUGGGGGAGGAGAUGGUGGCUCAAAAGGACCUCUCGUUUCAGCACAGGAAUCCCAAGCUCAAGCCAUACUGCAACAGGCCAGGUUGGCGUUGAGAGGACCUGCUGGCCCUAUGGGUCUUACUGGAAGACCAGGCCCCUUGGGACCCCCAGGCAGCGGAGGACUAAAAGGUGAACCAGGAGACCUGGGGCCUCAGGGUCCACGAGGCACUCAAGGCCCCCCAGGCCCAUCAGGAAAACCAGGCCGCAGGGGACGUGCUGGCAGCGAUGGUGCCCGGGGAAUGCCAGGGCAGACAGGACCAAAGGGUGACCGAGGUUUUGAUGGGUUGGCUGGUUUGCCUGGUGAGAAGGGGCACAGGGGUGAUCCAGGCCCAUCAGGUCCACCAGGAGCACCCGGAGAUGACGGGGAGAGGGGUGAUGAUGGAGAAGUUGGACCCAGAGGUCUACCUGGAGAACCUGGACCCCGAGGUUUGCUGGGACCAAAAGGGCCACCGGGUCCCUCAGGACCGCCGGGUGUGACUGGUAUGGAUGGACAAACAGGCCCAAAGGGGAAUGUGGGUCCUCAAGGUGAGCCGGGGCCACCAGGACAACAGGGCAAUCCAGGUGCUCAGGGUCUUCCAGGUCCACAGGGUGCAAUUGGUCCACCAGGCGAUAAAGGACCUCUGGGUAAACCUGGUCUUCCUGGCAUGCCCGGUGCAGAUGGCCCUCCGGGUCAUCCUGGCAAAGAAGGUCCUCCUGGUGAGAAGGGGAGUCAGGGUCCAACUGGCCCUCAGGGCCCACUUGGAUAUCCAGGACCUCGUGGCGUCAAGGGGGCAGACGGUGUUCGUGGCUUGAAGGGCACCAAGGGUGAAAAGGGUGAAGAUGGCUUCCCUGGCUUCAAAGGUGACAUGGGCAUCAAGGGAGACCGGGGUGAAAUUGGUCCUCCCGGCCCACGAGGUGAAGAUGGGCCCGAAGGUCCUAAAGGUCGCGGAGGUCCUAAUGGAGAUCCAGGUCCUCUUGGUCCUUCUGGGGAAAAGGGAAAACUCGGAGUUCCAGGGCUCCCAGGUUAUCCAGGAAGGCAAGGUCCAAAGGGUUCAAUUGGAUUCCCAGGAUUCCCAGGAGCCAACGGAGAGAAGGGUGGAAGGGGUACGCCUGGCAAAUCAGGUCCAAGGGGGCAACGAGGUCCAACGGGUCCACGUGGUGAAAGAGGUCCGAGGGGCAGCACUGGAAAGCCUGGCCCUAAGGGCAACUCUGGUGGUGAUGGGCCCCCUGGUCCUCCUGGCGAAAGGGGACCGCCAGGACCUCAAGGACCAACUGGAUUUCCUGGACCAAAAGGCCCCCCUGGUCCACCAGGGAAGGAUGGAUUGCCCGGUCACCCCGGACAGAGAGGUGAAACUGGUUUCCAAGGCAAGACAGGUCCUCCAGGCCCUCCAGGUGUUGUUGGCCCGCAGGGUCCUACUGGAGAGACGGGUCCAAUGGGUGAGCGUGGGCAUCCAGGUCCACCGGGUCCACCAGGUGAGCAGGGUCUACCUGGCCUGGCUGGAAAGGAAGGAACCAAGGGUGACCCGGGUCCUGCCGGCCUUCCAGGAAAAGACGGCCCUCCUGGCUUACGAGGCUUCCCUGGUGAAAGAGGUCUCCCUGGCCCAGUUGGAGCUCUUGGGCUGAAAGGCAGUGAAGGUCCCCCUGGUCCACCAGGCCCAGCAGGUUCUCCUGGUGAGAGAGGUCCAGCUGGGUCAGCUGGCCCAAUUGGUUUACCAGGAAGACCUGGACCCCAAGGACCUGCAGGACCUGCUGGUGAAAAGGGUGCCCCAGGUGAGAAAGGUCCGCAAGGCCCAGCCGGUCGUGAUGGUAUUCAAGGUCCAGUCGGACUCCCAGGCCCAGCAGGUCCUGUUGGCCCCCCAGGAGAAGACGGGGAUAAGGGCGAGAUUGGAGAACCAGGCCAGAAAGGAAGCAAGGGUGACAAAGGCGAACAGGGUCCACCAGGUCCUACUGGACCACAAGGUCCACUUGGUCAACCAGGUCCAGCUGGAGCUGAUGGGGAGCCAGGUCCAAGAGGACAACAAGGCCUCUUUGGUCAGAAAGGUGAUGAAGGUCCCAGAGGUUUCCCUGGUCCCCCAGGCCCAGUGGGCUUGCAGGGUUUGCCUGGACCGCCUGGUGAGAAGGGAGAAACAGGUGAUGUUGGACAAAUGGGCCCACCAGGUCCCCCUGGGCCCAGGGGUCCAUCUGGACCACCAGGAGCAGAUGGUCCACAAGGUCCUCCGGGUGGAAUAGGAAAUCCUGGAGCUGUCGGAGAGAAGGGUGAACCUGGUGAAUCUGGUGAGCCUGGUCUUCCUGGAGAGGGUGGUCCCCCGGGUCCUAAAGGAGAAAGAGGUGAAAAGGGAGAAGCAGGCCCCUCCGGUGCUGCUGGUCCUCCUGGCCCUAAAGGUCCACCAGGUGAUGAUGGACCUAAAGGUAGCCCUGGUCCAGUUGGUUUUCCUGGUGAUCCUGGCCCCCCUGGAGAACCUGGCCCGGCUGGUCAAGAUGGUCCCACAGGUGACAAAGGUGAUGAUGGUGAACCUGGUCAGACUGGAUCUCCUGGCCCAACUGGAGAACCAGGCCCAUCAGGUCCCCCGGGGAAGAGGGGUCCUCCUGGUCCAGCAGGUCCUGAAGGAAGACAAGGAGAGAAAGGAGCCAAGGGUGAAUCUGGUCUGGAAGGACCUCCUGGGAAGACAGGUCCUGUUGGUCCCCAGGGAGCUCCAGGGAAACCUGGUCCCGAUGGCCUUCGAGGAAUUCCUGGCCCAGUGGGUGAACAAGGGCUCCCCGGUUCCCCAGGCCCCGAUGGUCCUCCGGGCCCACUGGGCCCACCUGGUUUACCUGGUCUUAAGGGAGAUUCGGGUCCUAAAGGUGAAAAGGGUCAUCCAGGUUUAAUUGGCCUCAUUGGGCCCCCUGGUGAGCAGGGAGAAAAGGGUGACAGAGGUCUGCCAGGACCCCAGGGUUCAUCCGGACCUAAAGGAGAUCAGGGUAUCAACGGUCCUUCUGGUCCAAUUGGACCUCCAGGUCCACCAGGAUUACCGGGUCCCCCUGGUCCAAAGGGUGCUAAAGGGUCAUCAGGUCCAACGGGUCCAAAGGGGGAAUCUGGCCAUCCAGGCCCACCAGGACCUCCUGGUCCUCCCGGGGAAGUGAUCCAGCCCCUGCCUAUCCAUUCCUCCAAGAGGACCAGGCGAAACAUUGACGCAAGCCAACUGGUUGAUGAGGGAAACACCGACAACUACAUGGAUUAUGCAGAUGGCAUGGAGGAGAUCUUUGGCUCCUUGAACUCUUUGAAACUGGAAAUUGAGCAAAUGAAGCAUCCGUUGGGCACUCAGCACAACCCAGCUCGUACCUGCAAGGAUUUGCAGCUUUGCCACCCUGACUUCCCAGAUGGUGAAUACUGGGUUGAUCCUAAUCAAGGAUGUUCAAGGGACUCUUUCAAAGUUUACUGUAACUUCACAGCUGGUGGAGAGACCUGUAUCUUCCCUGAUAAGAAAUCUGAAGGAAGCAAAAUGGCUCGUUGGCCCAAAGAGCAGCCUUCCACAUGGUAUAGUCAGUACAAGCGGGGUUCCUUGCUUUCCUAUGUGGAUUCGGACGGUAAUCCCAUCGGAGUGGUGCAGAUGACUUUCCUGAGGCUCUUGAGCGCCUCCGCAAACCAGAACAUCACCUAUAAUUGCUACCAGUCUGUAGCAUGGCAGGAUGCCACCACAGGCAGCUACGACAAAGCCAUCCGCUUCCUGGGCUCCAACGACGAGGAGAUGUCCUACGACAACAACCCUUACAUAAGGGCUGUCCUAGACGGUUGUGCAACAAAGAAAGGCUAUCAAAAGACUAUCCUGGAGAUCAACACACCCAAAGUAGAGCAAGUGCCUAUCGUUGACAUCAUGUUCAAUGACUUCGGAGAAGCGUCACAGAAAUUUGGAUUCGAGGUGGGACCAGCUUGCUUCAUGGGCUAA